UUUUUCCCAAGUUGCCAAAAAUUGCCAAGUCUUUUGCCAAACUAUUGGAAGAGUAUUUUUAACGUUUUUGCCAAAAAUCAAAGAUGGCAACUCGAUUUGCCAAACUCUUGGAGAUGCUCUAAGUAAACCAUAAUUGUGGAAUGCCCAGAACGCACGCUGCGUCAUGUGUCACUCAAAAUCACUUUUGAAUGGGAAUAUUCAGAAGUUAAGCAGACACUUACAGUAGGGGACUGAUAUGUUUGGCUUCUGUUGCUAUCUAGAGUUGUAUGGCUGAGUCAGUUAUGUUGUUAUGUAACUUGUCCAGAUACUAUACUGUUGCCAAAUUUUCAGUAGCCCAUGGAUUCUAGGCCAAUUGCUCGAAUAAACUGCAUGCCCUGAACAAGAGUAGAUUGCAUACAGUAAACUGCUGCCAAGAAUUUCUCUCCUUUUUUCUUUAGGGUACAUCUGGGAAAUGCACGUGUCACUAUUGCUGUUUGUAGAUCAAAUAUAUGAGGGUGGGCCGAUGCAGAAAUCAGGAUUACCUCAAUGAUAUGGCAUUCAUAUCAGCACAAUGAUUUAUACUUAGCAUUAAAAUCCUGGUGGCCACUCAGGAUUAUACUGAGCCAUUGUGACUGAAAUCUUCAAUUACCCUGACUGAUCUAAUGAAUAGAGGGGAUUUGUAGUUAGGCAUUUCGGCAUUUACAAUGUUUCGGUUCGGUAUACAUGUAGAUAUAAUUCAUUGCCUAUUUGCCCUGACUGAACUCACGAUGGUCUCCUAUGCAGUGUGGAUUGCAGGCACAUAUAUGAAAAGGGCCCAGUAAUGCAUUAUAUAAGGUCCAAAAAAACACCAGUGUCCUAUUGCAGCCUGAACUAUUGUGGGCGCCGUAGCUGACCCUUCACGGAAAUGGAUCCUCCCAACAAUACCUAAGGGACUAUUAUCUUUCUUUGCUUUAUCAUCUUACGAUUAGCUUUGCGUCGGAUCCGUUCCAAUUUCGCUUCUCACAAUAUAUCACUCCUUAAGACUCCGGUUUGGCUGAUGAUGCUCUUCCACUGCGACGAGUGCGGCAACGAGUCCGACGUGCCGCAAUGACAGAUGAGCAAAGAGACGAAAAUAACAGGAAGCGGCGUAUUUGUGAAAAUUAUAUCUGUUCAAAUCAUCCGUAUUUAUGAAUUGGUGUUGUUGCUAAGAUGCAUCUAUCUAUAUAUUGUUUUUAGCUGCUAACAAAUACAAGCAAUCUUAUUUCUUCGUUGGUUAAUGUUUUGUGUAUUACGUCUAAAGUAUAUUUGAGCACUUAUAGUUAUCUCGGUCUUUGAUGUUUUUGUUCAUGAAUUUUUUUCCCGUGGCAACGCACGGGCAUGAACCUAGUCAACUAAACAAAUGGCAUGAGUACCUUUCCCCACACUUUCACCUUUCUGCACCCUUCUCCAACCACCCUCACCUCGCGCCCCCAGAUCAGAGUUCAGACGGAGGAACGCCGUCGCUUGAUUCUUGCCACGACACCGGAGUAAGUAGCAGGAAGCUAAGUAUCCAUUGGAGGAAGCUUUGAGACCCAAGUUGUACGCUUUCUUCUUGACGCUAUGGUGUCUGGUUGGUUUAAUUUGCACUGUGUUUUAUUGUUCGAAAGAAAUUUUGCACUGUGUGUUAGAGUUGAGUUGCUUGCCGGCCGCACGCGAUGGAGAUUUUUUUGGUCGAUUCAUCAGUUCAUAACAACUUACAUGCAUACUGCCUGUGUCUUUCUAAGGGGAUCGGGGGAACAAGCAUGGAGGACGAUGAGAAGCCGCAUCUUCCGAUGGACAUCAUCACCAAGAUCCCAACCCACAUAUCAGAUCCAGCCUCCCUCGCACGGGCUGCGUCAGCCUACAAGCCAUGGCGCGAUCUCAUCAAGGAUCCUACCUUUCUCGAUGGCCUCAAGGGCCAGCACAGCGACCAUGGCUUCACCUCGUCCCUCCUCCUCGGCUUCUUCUACCAGGAGAGCUCCGAGGCUCCCUCGCACCUGUGGCAGCACCACAGCGACAAGAACCGCUGCCUGGCACCGAGAUGAUUCAGUCCAGUGACCGUGGGAAAGAGGGCUGCAAUGCAGUCAGCCCAAUGUCCCUCAGCAACUUUAUUCCGGGUAUCGGCGCAGACCUCAACUUCUACGAGCCUGUUGCUACCCAGGACAGCUUCUUGGCCCUCCGCCGCCGUGCCAAGCCUGAUUUGCUAUGUGUUUGUAAUCCUCUCUCCGGUGAAUUGUUGCACAUUCCUAACCGUCUGGGUAAGCCACCACACCACUAUGUCUUGCUUGUUACCGAUGAUGUCGGCGUCGAUGGGCGCAUGUCGCAGUCCUUCCGUCUGGUCUCCAUUUGGAUCAAAGGGAAGAAGCUCAUCUAUGUGUACUACUGCUCAAAGACCAGAGCCUGGUGGAGGCCGACAGGUGCCCCUGAGCUGAUGGCUGGCCUCUACCUGAUGCCGUCCCCUGCUGCCGCUUUCCAUGGCGGCAUCCACUGGCUCUGUGGGAGCUGGAAAACUUUUGCGCCCACUCAUGUCGCCACACUGCGUGUCGACAAAGAAGAGCUGGCAUGUGUGGAGCUUCCACCUGAAGCGAAGUCCAACAAGGCGCCGAUGCUGGCGAGUUCUCCAGAUGGGGGCAUUUUGGUGCUCCUCGUGAAGGGCCUUCAGAUGUCACUUUGGAAGCACAAAUGUGGAUCUGGGGAUGCAUUCCACAACUGGGUUCUCUCGGAGACGAUCGAUAUGACAAGCUCCUUGCCCACGCGCGUGCUGAUGAUGCAGCCCAAGGCAAGGAUCAGGCUGGAGAUUUUCCGAGGGAAGAGUGGUGCGGUGGUGAUCUGGAUUGAGGGGGAAGGUCUCUUUUUGUUCUGCCUCGGCGACCGGUCGAUGAGGAAGAUCGACAAUGAGAAUGUGACCAAGAUGUACUGCUUCUGCCCGUAUGAGAUCGACUGGCUCUCCUGCCUUGCUGUCACAAACCUCGUCGUUGAUGGCUCGCUGGAUGGACCAAGGGCAAAGGUCCAUGGUAGAUGGAAAACCUUGAUGGCAUAGAAUAUAAAAAACAAUACACCGUCAUAAUGGCUAGGCUUGAUUGCAUAGUUUGAUUGUUGAGACUGGCAGUUUGAAAAGUUGGUAUUAUUUCUCGAUUGCAUUGGUACUGCUUCAAUCCAAGAUUUUCACAGUUGUGGGAUGUUAAGUGCGUAUUGUAAAGGGUGCUAUAUAUAUUGACGAAAUAAAAGUGUUUGGGUAGGGUUUCUUCUAACCUGCUUCUGUAUUCGCCCAUUUGGACAUCAAUACAACGUAUGCUCUAUGAGAAGUAUGUUGUCUUC